CCCUGGGCAGGGGCAGCUCCAUCUUGGGCCUAGAAAUGUAUUUCAGCAGCACAUGAUCCCUGUCUGCAGACAAUGCUUGGUACACCUAUGGAUUCAUGGACCCCCUGCCUUUAUUCGAGUCCUUGGAGCUGUGUGAUUCCCAGGUUGGGAACCACUGUUGGGUAAAAGAAAAAAAAAGGCAAGAAGCGUGCAUUCAGCUAACCUGGGAGGGAAUCCAUGGCCCUUUCCCAUUAGCACAUACCAGGAAUGUGUGGGUACCCGUUCCCAUUAGCACAUGCCAGGAAUGCGUAGGCUGGGGUGGCUGCAGGGUCCACGGUACUGUGGCCUGUCUCCUAGGGAUCUCCCCAGUGCCCUCUGCGAAGGACGUGGGCGAGGACUUGGGAAUAGGAUCCCGGCUGCAGUGGAGCACAGAGGGGAGCCCCCAGGAGUGUUUCUGACCUUGUUUCUGUCUCCUUAUCUGACCUGACUUCCUGGCAGUGACAUUUACCAGAUGGAGAAGGACAUCGCCUUAGAGCAGGAGAGGAACGCUCGCUACCGACCUCCCAAAAUCUUAGAGCCCACAGCCUUCCAGGAACCCCCACCCAAGCCCAGCCGGCCCAAGUACAGACCCCCUCCACAAACCAACCUUCUGGCACCCAAGCUGCAGUUCCAGGUCCCCGAGGGUCUGUGUGCCAGCUCACCCACGCUCACCAGCCCUAUGGAGUAUCCAUCUCCCGUAAACUCGCUGCACACCCCACCUCUCCACCGGCACAAUGUCUUCAAGCGCCACAGCAUGCGGGAGGAGGACUUCGUCCGCCCCAGCAGCCGGGAGGAGGCCCAGCAGCUGUGGGAGGCCGAGAGGCUCAAGAUGCGGCAACUCCUGGACAAGCAGCAGAAGCAGAUGGUGGAAGAUUACCAGUGGCUGAGGCAGGAGGAGAAAGCCCUGGACCCCAUGGUUUACAUGAACGACAAGUCCCCGCUGACCCCAGAGAAGGAGGCCGGCUACAGUAAGUCGGAGUUCACAGCCCCCCCACAGAAACCGCCACGGCUCGGCGCACAGUCCAUCCAGCCCACAGCCAACCUGGAUCGGACCGACGACCUGGUGUACCUCAACGUCAUGGAGCUGGUGCGGGCCGUGCUGGAUCUCAAGAAUGAGCUCUGCCAGCUGCCUCCCGAGGGCUACGUGGUGGUAGUGAAGAACGUGGGCUUGACCCUGCGGAAGCUCAUCGGCAGUGUGGAUGACCUCCUGCCUUCCUUGCCGUCGUCCUCACGGACGGAGAUCGAGGGGACCCAGAAACUGCUCAACAAGGACCUGGCAGAGCUCAUCAAUAAGAUGCGACUGGCCCAGCAGAAUGCCGUGACUUCCCUGAGUGAGGAGUGCAAGCGGCAGAUGCUCACCGCCUCCCACACGCUGGCCGUGGACGCCAAGAACCUGCUGGACGCCGUGGACCAAGCCAAGGUCCUGGCCAACCUGGCCCGCCCGCUGGCAGAGUGAAGAGGGCGGCGCCCCCCGCCCGCGUCUCCGCCCCGCCCGCCCGUUCCUCCCGGCCCCUGCCUCGCCUUCGGUCCGUGGGCCCACUUGGGGAGGGAAGGCCGAGGGGGGUCCUUCUUCCCUUGCCGUUUUGCACGUCGCCUCUCCCCACCCUACUCCCAGACUGUGCUGCCCAGGCCGCAGCUGGACAGAGGGGACUCAGGGCCGCAGGAUACCGGGGGGUGACAGAGAGGCUCAGACGGAGCGCGGCUGCUGCCCGCCGGCAACUCCUGCCUGGCCCAAGGAGGUCACGCGGCAGAUCCUUGUGGCCCCGAUGGCUUUACGCAGGGACAGGGCAGGCCGAUUGGGGAACCAAGCUAGUCCUUCUCCCUCCUCUGCCCACGGAGGUCCCCUCCCCUAGCCCCGUGCACAGAGGGAGGCGCCGAGAGGGGUUUUCAGUGGGGAGGCCGGCGGCUGGUGCCGUGAGGCAUGGACCUGGCCUUCUUGUACAGUGUAUAUUGGAAUUUAUUUAAUGUGAGUCCGGUCUGGACCGACAGCCGUGGGCCCCAGUGAGAGGCGGAGCGGGGCCUGGGAUGGUCAAGGGACAAGCUAUUGGGAGUUGGCGCCCAGGAGGCUGUGUCCUCCUCACGCAGAGAGGGGAGGAGGGGAAAAACAAGGCCAAACUGGACCUGGACGCCUUCGCAUUCCUCACCCCCUUGCUUUUCUUCCCUCCCUGGCCCCUUCCUUCUCUUCUUUCUUACUGUCUUUUCUUACUUAUCUUUGCUCUCCCUUUCUCUCAUCCACGCCCUCUCUCCCUCCCUCUCUUGUGUAUGUGCAGAACACUCUUUUACCUCCUUUAUAUUUGACUUGUGGAUGAAAUAAAAUUGUACCAUUUGCUUUG